AGGGCAGAGCUACUUCCUGAAUCGCCUGCACACCCCAGAGCCUGCGGCGGCUGGAGGUCGGCCUGCGCUGCGCCGCGAUGUCCGGGGUCUCAGCCAGGAGCCUGGCGAAGGGAAGCGCGCCCCCGGGGCCGGUCCCGGAGGGCCUGAUCCGCGUCUACGGCAUGAGGUUCUGCCCGUUUGCUGAGAGGACGCUUCUAGUCCUGAAGGCCAAGGGAAUCCCGCAUGAAGUCAUCAAUAUCAAUCUGAAAAAUAAGCCUGAGUGGCUCUUUAAGAAGAAUCCCGCUGGUCUGGUGCCAGUGCUGGAAAACAGUAAGGGUCAACUGAUCUGCGAAUCUGCCAUCACUUGUGAGUACCUGGAUGAAGCAUACCCAGGGAAGAAGCUGUUGCCAGAGGACCCCUAUGAGAAAGCUUGUCAAAAGAUGGUCUUUGAGUUAUUUUCCAAGGUGCCAUCUUUGGCAAUAACUUUUAUGAGAACGCAAAAUAAGGAAGAUUGCGCUGGCCUAAAAGAAGAAUUGCGUAAAGAAUUCAGCAAGCUAGAGGAGGUUCUGACUAAUAAGAAGACAACCUUCUUUGGUGGCAAUUCUGUGUCUAUGAUUGAUUACCUCGUCUGGCCCUGGUUCGAACGGCUGGAAGCACUGGAGUUAAAUGAGUGUGUAGACCGCACUCCAAAACUUAAGCUCUGGAUGGCGGCCAUGAGGGAAGAUCCUGCCGUGUCAGCCCUCCUCCUUGAUGUGAAGACCUUUAAAGGUUUCCUAGAUCUCUACUUACAGAACAGCCCUGAGGCCUAUGACUAUGGACUCUGAAGGGGGCAGGAGUCAGCAAUAAAGUUAUGACUGACAUAUUCCUUCACUGA